AUGGCUGGCCCGCAACGGCCUGCCUCCGGGCUGGCGACGAGGAAAACCGGCCUGCGCCCCCCUACAACACGGCGACUGGCCUCUACAGCAUCAGAGCGGUCGCAAUCGCCGGCAGUGAAGUCUGUCACAUCAAUGAGGAGCGGUCAGAAUACUCCAAGCACGCUAUCGACGGCUGGAACCAAGCGCAAAGAGAGAGACUUCGAUCCAGAAGCGGGCGCGGAAACCAACAUCCAUGUCGUCGUCCGUUGUCGUGGAAGGACUGAACGGGAGGUGAAGGAGAACAGUGGGGUAGCGGUGGCCACUGAAGGCGUCAAAGGAUCGAACGUUGAGUUGUCCAUGGGGCCGAACGCGGUCAGCAACAAAACGUACCAUUUUGAUAGAGUUUUCUCGCCCGCUGCAGACCAAGCGAUCAUCUUUGAGGAUGUUGUGGCCCCUAUAUUGAAUGAGAUGCUCUCCGGCUAUAACUGCACGAUAUUCGCGUAUGGCCAGACGGGCACUGGCAAGACGUAUACGAUGUCAGGAGAUAUGACUGACACGCUAGGGCUUCUGUCUGAUAACGCAGGUAUCAUCCCUCGAGUGUUGUACGCGCUUUUCCGAAAAUUAGAGGAGACAGACAGUACCGUGAAAUGCUCGUUCAUUGAGCUGUACAACGAAGAACUGAGGGAUUUGCUCUCCGCGGAAGACAACUCAAAACUCAAAAUUUUUGAAAACGAGGGCAAGAAGGGCCAUAGCGGAAGCACAAUGGUGCAGGGCAUGGAGGAGACAUACAUCGAUUCGGCACAUGCAGGUAUCAAGCUGUUGCAGCGCGGCAGUCACCGCCGCCAGGUCGCGGCCACAAAGUGCAACGAUCUCAGUUCGCGCAGUCACACCGUGUUUACCAUUACAGUUUUCACAAAACGCGUAUCCGAGUCAGGGGAAGAGAAUAUUGGUUCGGCAAAGUUGAACUUGGUGGACCUGGCAGGAAGCGAGAAUAUUGGCCGCAGUGGCGCUGAAAACAAACGAGCGGUGGAAGCUGGUCUGAUCAACAAGAGCUUGCUCACUUUGGGUCGGGUCAUCAACGCACUGGUCGACAAGAGUUCCCAUAUUCCCUACAGAGAGUCCAAGCUCACGCGGCUACUGCAAGAUUCUUUGGGAGGACAAACUAAGACGUGCAUAAUCGCUACCAUUUCGAAUUCUAGGAGCAACCUCGAGGAGACCAUAUCUACCCUGGAUUAUGCAUUCCGCGCAAAGAACAUCCGCAAUAGGCCGCAGAUCAAUUUGGCCAUGUCCAAAAAGACACUCCUGCGCGAAUACACAUACGAGAUCGAAAAGCUGAAAAGCGAUCUGAUUGCGACAAGGCACAGAAACGGGGUGUACCUGUCGACGGAAGCAUACGAGGAGAUGACAGUCGAGAGCGAGUCGCGACGGAUUGUGAACGAGGAGCAACGAGUGAAAAUCGAGAUGAUGGAAGCGAAUCUGAAGAAUAAGCUGCAGGAAAUAUUCGCCUUGACCAGCAAUUUCAACAAUCUGAGGAAAGACAAUGAAGAAACUCGAGCCGCGCUUGAAGGAACUAAUGAUCUGCUAAAGCAGACGGAGAUUGUCCUUGAGGACACCCGGCGGAUGCUGGACGAAGAAGAAAUGCUGCGCAAAGCACACCAGGAGACCGAGGAGAAACUGCAUAACAUUGGCACCGACCUUGUUUCCACCUUGGACAGAACGGUGGGAGACAUGAACGGACUGCGCUUGAAACUCCGGCGAAAAUCGGAUCUGCACGCUCUGAACCGCGAGACAUGGCAGGCAUCAACCUCGGAGGUAGUGGAUGUGACAAGCCUGGUAGAUAGCCGAGUGGAGCAGUUUCAACAGCAGCAUUCGCAGCUAUUGUCAGCUUUCUCGUCCAAGAUUACCCGAUUCGUGCAGUCCGAGAUUAACAACGUGGAGUUGAGUCAAUCGCAACUGAGCGACUUUACGUCACUUUUUGAUGAGGCGGAAUCGGAGGCAAAGGCGCAGACAUCCAACGCCCACGAUGAGAUGAACGACAUCCUCGAAGAGAUCAAAGUGCUUCGGGAGAAUGUCAAAACCAGGGUUGGUGAAGGGCUGAAUGGAUUGUCGGCCGCAGCGGCUCGCAUCUCCAAGGAGGUCAUCGAUGAGUUGACAGACUUCCACACGCAGCUCCAUGCAUCGUACAGCGACCUCGGCAGGGAGUUCAAGUCGAUGUUUGAGAACAUGCUUAUGCACCUUGAAUCCCAGAAGUCUGAAGUCAUGGGACUGCGCUCUCAGCUGCAGGAAGCAAACCGUCGAGCGGUCUUAGCCAACCAGACAGCGUCAUCGCAGCUGGGGCAGGCGUUGGACGAGGAGCGUGAAGGUGCAGAGGCUGAGCGUGCUGAAUUGCUCUCUCAGAUUGAACUUCUGAUAGAGAAAUCUGCACAGAAGCAGGCAGCUCGCCUGAGGAGCAAGGUCAACAAUAUACGAGCAGACAUGGCAUCCUCCGACCAGACUCUGGAACAAGCUGGCAAUGCAUAUGGAGAAAGCAUGGACAAAUGGGCUCUCAAGGAAGAUAAGUUUGUCGAUGAAAUAACUGCUACAAGGGACGAUCUGAAGAAUAAGAUGAAAAGUGAUUGGACGAUGUUCGAUGAACGCAAUGCUUCCAUCCAGAAGGCAACGGAGUCGGUCCAUCAAGAGACUGUCCGUAUAGUAGAUGCCCAAAUGAAUGAUGUUGCUAUACAAAUGGAGGCCUUGGACGAUUUCGUGACCAAGGCUCGAUCCCAGAACGGCCGGUACCACGAAAUGCAUCUGGAGAACCUGGACAGCCUGUCUGCAAACGUCCGCGAGUCAUACUCCAGCCUGCGUGAGCAUUUCACAGGCUUUGGUGACCGAGCCCGUGGAUUCCAGGAAGACAUCAACCGGCAGAAGAACACUGUAGAGGAGUCUGCAGUUCCAUUAUCUGAUGGAGUACGCAAGCCCCUCGCGGAGCUCCGAACGAAUAUUCAGAAUGCUCCGAUGGCUGAAUACACCGUUACUGGGGAGACACCGCAAAAAUCGCAUUACGAGUACCCGUCGAAGCUCCCGCGCACAGAGUCGCACGAGGCGCUCCUGGCGAGACGGCGGAAAUCGUAUCAAUCAUCUGUCUCUCCUACGAAAAAACAGCAGUCUCCUCUGAAACAGCAACAACCCUUGCUCUCACCACUGGAAAGCGAGGAGGAUGCGGUGGCACCGUUGGGUGGCCCAUUGCUAGGUUCUCCAUCGAAAACCCUUGUUUAUAAUGACCUAGAGGACGAGGUAGGGUCUCUCCCACCUCCAACCACUGCAGGCACACCAUCCAACACGGGACUUAGGGAAGUCGAUAUAAACGUCGCCGCGAAACCACUCGUUUGUAGUGCCGACUCUGACGCUGUCACGACAUCACAUGUUUCUGCCACCAUCAUGGAAAAGGACCUGAUCUCCGAGGAGGACGACAUGGCUCCACCAUUGAAAAGACAUGCUUCCUCGUCAGCUAUUGCAAAAAGUAAUCUCCCGCAGAAGAUCACAGCUAAAAAGUUAGCGGGUAUGAUGGAAGGAAGGGAGAACAUCCCCAUCUCGACCGGAGAGUAUAAUGGGCGGCGGCUGAGAAGCCGGCCUUCGACUUGAGCUACAGUGCUUUUAGUUUUGGAUUGGAGUUUGGCUUUGGUUUGGAUAAGACGAUACCCCUACUGGUUGUUUUUGGGGUUUCAAUGCCCCGGCACUUCAUUUGCAAUUCUUAUUUUAGGGAACAAGUCACGGGCCGUCGGGAUCUUUUCUUUUGUUGGGCCAUUCGGCGAACGGAGUUUUGUAUUUCUGGUAUAGAAUGGCCUUGUUUAUAUCGCUUGCUGGAUUGGGUUGUACAGCUACUGGCCCAGUCGGUCUUAAUUCAUUAUCCUAAGCCUUGUUCCUUUAUAUACGGGCGGCUCAUAAAGAUGUACUACUGGUCGAAUCGAGGACGAGAGUGAUCAUGUCUCGUCAAUAACGUAGUUUGUUUCUCAACCCAGGAAUAUGCAGAGAGAGGAGAACGUAAUGUUUAUACGAAUGAAUGACCCAGUUAAGCCUCGCU